AUGUCAUAUGUUCCUACCUUUGUUUCAACAGAAUAGCCACUCUAUCUUAAACUAUAGAUUUCCUAGAUUCCAGCAGCAUGGGAUGAAUUAAAAUUGAAACAUUUUCUUUCAAGUUAAGGAUAUACGGUUUCUGAUGUGUAGAUGAUUAAAAAAGAUGAUCGUAUUAAUUUAGUCUAAUAUCAAGCCAAAUCUAAAGGAAUAGCAAUUGUCAAAUUCAAUAAAAUGCAAGAGGGGGAAAAAGCCACAAAAUAAUUGAAAGAGGUGGCAGUUGAUGGAAUGUAGCCUUUAGUGCUUAAAUGGGCGGAAGGUGAAAAAGAAAGGUUAGGAGUAGCCGAGGAAACAUCUCCUAAAAUAUAAAUUGAUGGCCUAUAGAAAGACUGCGAAGAAGCAAUGAUAAAAGAAAUAUUUAUGAAAUAUGGCCAAGUUACAGAUGUUUAGAUCUAGAAUUAAGGAUAAUCAUCAAUUAGUGCCAUAGUAUCUUAUACUUUUAAGGAAAGCUGCUUAUUGGCAAUCAAAAAUAACCAUAAUAAGAAUUAGUUAGGUGAUCGUCCUUUGGAUGUUAGGUUUUUGGGUUAACCCGCAACUAUUGCAAAAUCAUAAUAUCCGGAAAUUCCUGCUAAUGAAGAAGGAGAUCCAAUUAGAGACAUUACUAAAUCGUAUACAAGAUGGUUAGAUCAGAAGAAGAAACCAAUAUAUAUUCAUUGGGAAACUGGAGAAAUAGUGAGAAGUGUAAGCUUUGGUUCAAUUAUUUACUCUCCAGAUGGUAGUAAAGAAAUUAUUACUAAGGAAAAAUAUUUGAAUGAUUUGGCCACUUUCAAUUCAAAGAAAACAGGGCCUCCUGGAGCAAAUCUAUUUGUUUUUCAUUUACCAAAUGAACAUAAGGAUUCUGAUCUUAUGGAUCUUUUUUCAUCGUACGGCAAUGUGAUUUCAGCAAGAGUGAUGACUGAUCCAAAAACUGGUAAAAGUAAAGGAUUUGGGUUUGUGAGCUUUGACAAAUAAGAGAGUGCAUAAAAAGCAAAAGAAGCUAUGGAUGGCCAUUUAAUAGACAAGAAAAAGUUAUCGGUAACAUUCAAAUAAGGUGAUGGAACUCCUUGUUAACCACUUUAAUACUAAUGGUUGCCAAGUAUAUAAUAAGUGUAAUUUGAUCCAUUUGAUUUGUGA